CUUUUGAGACUGUUGAAUGUCAGAUUAUGUUCUUCGAAUCGAAAUCCUGUCGUUGUAUCUGUUUGGUUGGUUUUGUUGCAAGCAUGGUAUAGACCAAUCUGCUGUUAGUUCUUGAAGGAUCUGAUCUGCUGAGCAUCGUACGGAGGAUAGCCGAACUAGGCACACGCCGCAUCUAUACCGCACCUGGGAUUCAGGUGUCUGAACUCGAGUGUUGGAAUUACUCCGCUGCCAGAAUGCUGCCAUCAUUGGUGGUUUUGGCUGGCCUCCUGGCGCUGGGAGCAAGCCACGCGCAAGCAUCGCCGGGCUUCGGCGUAUCUAGUGCCGACAAAGUCAAGAUCGGCCAGGACACAAGCUUUGAAGUGUCAUGGCAGGAAAUUCCUGAAGACGUGGAAGUCAGUCUCUAUGGUGAUUGGUUUAAGGAGACUGAGAAUGGAACGCAAGUGGGCAACCUGGCCGUAUAUCCUCAAGUUUUCUUGGUGAUGGAGGGUAACGGCUCGUUACGCGUCAACGUCAGUACAUACGGUGCUGGCAAGUUUGACAUCCUGUUCAACUGCACUUCGUUGCUGAAUGGCAGCGCCACUUGCAACUCUUCUGAUAUCUUCACGAGUCAACAUGUAGAAGUGGAGGUGAUCCAUUCGUUUACGAUAGCCACUGUCAACGUGAUCAUUGGAUGGGUGUACUUUGCUGCCUGGUCCGUAUCCUUCUAUCCACAAAUCUUCACUAACUAUAGACGAAAGAGUGUCAUUGGUCUCAACUUUGACUUUCUCUCAUACAACUUGAUGGGUUUCUUCAUGUAUGGACUGUUCAACGUUGGUUUGUUCUGGAUUCAUGAAGUGCAGCGUGAGUUUCACAAGGCACACCCGCACUCAGUCAUACCAGUACAGGCUAACGAUGUGGCCUUCACGCUGCACGCGUUUGCUGCCACGACUUUCACCGUCUUACAGGCCUGCAUCUAUGAUAGAGGCAAUCAGCGUGUGUCGUAUUUUGCACGAGUGUUGGUAGCUGGUAGCUGGUUGAUGGUGUUCGUGACACUGUUUGUGACCAUAGCGGGCAAAUACAGCUGGCUCAACUAUCUCUAUAUGUUCUCUUACGUCAAGCUGGGUGUAACGCUCAUUAAAUAUGUACCACAAGCGUAUAUGAACUAUCGUCGCAAGAGCACUGUGGGUUGGAGUAUAGGCAAUGUGUUGCUGGACUUCACCGGGGGAUCACUGAGUAUGCUGCAAAUGUUACUCAUGGGAUACAACUAUGACGACUGGAAGAGCAUCUUCCAGGACCCGACCAAGUUUGGCCUUGGCAUGUUUUCAGUUCUGUUUGACAUUCUGUUCAUGGUACAACACUACAUCCUCUACCGACCGUACCGACGCUAUCGAUCACUUCCAGCCGUCAAUCACGUCGAUACGCCGUCAUAUGCCAACAACUGAAGAGCGCUUCACGGCGUGAGUAGCUCUGUGUCUCUGACUUGCUACACUACAUUCUCUACCGGCCAUACCGACGCUAUCGAUCACUUCCAGCCGUCAAUCACGUCGAUACGCCGUCAUAUGCCAACAACUGAAGAGCGCUUCACGGCGUGAGUAGCUCUGUGUCUCUGACUUGCUACAGUCGACUCCUGAUAUAACGGACACCAUUGUGCAGGAGAAUUAGUUCGUUAAAACAGAAAUGCACACACGCACUGUGGGUUCAAACUGGGACAUGGACAACGGUUCGCUAUAUCACAGUAUAUGCUAUAAUUAUGCGAGUUCGUUGUAAGUGGAGUGGACUGUAUUACGUUCUCUAUCUCUCUAUCCGUCUCCCGUCGGCUGGUUCUCCGUCUCCAUCUCUGUCUACCUCUGCUGUCACUAGGCCCCGUCACGACCCCGCAGCGGGACUGUAAAAUUAUUUGACGAAUUUGUUUUGUUGAGUUUCGAAGCGGGCUGGUACCGUUUCACUCGAUUAUUAUUUUGUUGUUGUACAUUCCAAUGGCUGCUCUUCUCGCCUUUCUGCGGCAACUUCUAUUCUUUCUUAUUGUUUGCCAUGUGUUGCUUGUUGGCUGCGAAUCCAGACAGAUUCUAUACCUCGUGUUGUUUGUAUAUUUCAAACGCUGGCUUACGACGUAUGAAUUAUUAUUAGAAAAGUGCAUAUCAAAUGA